AUGUCAUCUCACUCCCACGAAAAACCCGGGUUGGCCGUGGCCUCGGCCGAGGCCGGGAGGACAGGCUCUGGCAACGGCCGAGGCAGCAAGGAAGACGGGUCCCUAGCGGAACUGGGCCAGACGCAGUCGAUCACGGUGGCAACGGUCAAGCCAUUCAGCCUGGUCAGUCUCCUGGCGGUGGCAUUCACGUGCAGCAACGCGCCGAUCACGCUGCUGGCGUCGUUGACGGCGGGCAUCACCAACGGCGGGCCGUUCACGUUCAUCUACGGGUCGAUCGUGGUGGCGGCGGCGUCGUUCUGCGUGGCGUGUUCGCUGGGCGAGCUGUCGUCGGCGUACCCGCACGCCGGCGGACAGUACUACUGGGCGACGCAGCUGGCGCCGGCGCGGUUCCGCCGCGGGCUCUCGUACCUGACGGCCUUCCUCAGCUGGGCCGGGGCGCUGGUGACGUGCGCGUCGGCGAUGCUGUCGGUGCCGCUGAUGAUCACGGGGGUCAUGGUGCUGCGCGACCCGUCGAUGACGGUGAAGCCGUGGAUGGUGUUUGUCGGCUACCAGGCGACCAACGUCUUCUGCGCGCUGUUCAACUGCGUCGAACGCAUCCUACCGCCCAUCGCGACCACCAACCUCGUCGUGGCGCUGGCGGCCACGGUGGCCAUCUUCGUCAGCCUGCUGGCGGCGUCGCCGACCAAACAGUCGGGCGAGUUUGUGUUUGCCACCUUCGUCAACAGCUCGGGCUGGGCCAGCGACGGCGUCACCUUCCUGACCGGCAUGCUGGCCGCGAACUGGGGGUUCUCGUGCCUGGACGCAAUCACCCACCUGGCCAACGAGGUGCCCGACCCGGCGCGCAACAUCCCCCGCGCGCUGAUGGCCACCGUGCUGCUGAGCAUCGCCACCUGCCUGCCGACGGCCAUGGCCGCCUUCUUCUCCGUCCAGUCGCUGGCCGACGUCGUCGCCACCCCGACCGGCAUCCCCAGCCUGGCCAUCUUCCACCAGUGCCUGCGCUCCAAACCGGCCGCCGUCGCCCUGCAGUCGCUCAUGAUCGUCAACUACAUCUGCGCCGGCAUCUCCAUCCAGACCUGGCAGUCGCGCCUGGCCUGGGCCCUGGCCUGCGACCGCGGCUGGCCCUUUAGUGAUCGUCUGGCCACCAUCGCCCCGGCCCCCUUCAACACCCCGAUCUGGGCCCAUCUCUGGUCCAGCCUCUGGGUCGCCCUCCUGGGCUGCCUGUACCUCGCCUCCACCGAGGCCUUCAACGCCUUCAUCGGCGGCGGCGUCAUACUACAGUACCUGUCCUACUCGGCCUGCGUGCUCAUGCUGCUCCGAAAGGGCCGCCGCAACAUCACCCCGGGCCCCUUCUGGUGGCCGCGCUUCGGCCUCCUCGCCAACUACGUCACCCUCGCCUGGACCCUGCUGACCUUGGUCUUCUACUCCUUCCCCGCCGCCUACCCGACCUCCGCCAGUACCAUGAACUACGUCUCUUGCGUCGUCGUCUUCAUGUUUCUCUAUUCCGCCGUCUUUUGGCUGCUCCAGGGCCGUACCAACUUUGUCCUGCCGCCCAAGUUGGACUAG